GUGCUUUAACCACCAGUGCCUCAGUUUCCCCGUUUGUAAAAAGGAACCAAUAACAGCCCAUCCCUGCCCUGUGUCAGUGUUGAGGUGACUGAGGCCUCAGAGUUGGGGUCCUCCCCUCCCUCCUGCAGAUCCUGGCCGCUGACGACAAGGAGCUGAACCGCUGGUGCUCGCUCAAGAAGACCUGCAUGUACAGGUCAGAACAUGAGGAGCUCCAGGACAAGCGAGCAUACAGCCAGAAAGCCCAGAACUCCUGGAAGAAGAGGCAGAUCUUCAAAUCGCUCUGCCCAGAGGAGACGGAGCCCCCCCUGGACGGCACGGGAACGCCACAGAGGGACGCGGCUUCAGUUCCCGACGUUGCGGGGAGGAAGCGGCCGCGGCCUGCGAGCCCCCCGGGGCAGGAAGCGGAGGCCCUGGGGUCCCCAGGCACGAAGCCUGCGCCCCAGGGGCGGCGGCGCGGCAGGAAGGCGCGGCUGCUGGGCCCCACCGUGACCCUGGGCGGCCGCGAGUUCAGCCGCCAGAGACUGCAGGCCUUCGGGCUGAACCCCAAACGCCUGCACUUCCGGCAGCUGGGGCGGCGCGGAAGGCGGCCGCGGGGACCCCGGGGGCACCCCUGA